AUGGCCGAGCUGCUGCGGAGUCUGCAGGAUUCGCAGCUCGUGGCGCGCUUCCAGCGCCGCUGCGGGCUCUUCCCGGCGCCGGAGGACAAUCCUCGGGAGACUAGCGCGGAGAAGCACGUUGUGAAGAAUUAUUUCUACUAUUACCUGUUCCGGUUUUCCGCUGCCUUGGGCCAGGAAGUGUUCUACAUCACGUUUCUCCCAUUCACCCACUGGAAUAUCGAUCCUUACUUGUCCAGAAGAUUGGUCAUGAUAUGGGUCUUGGUGAUGUACAUUGGCCAGGUGGCCAAGGACAUCCUGAAGUGGCCCCGGCCUUCAUCCCCACCUGUCGUGAAACUUGAGAAGAGAGUGGUUGCAGAAUAUGGAAUGCCAUCCACUCACGCCAUGGCGGCCACUGCCAUUUCCUUCACCCUCCUCAUCUCUAGCAUGGACAGGUACCAGUACCCUUUUGCUUUGGGCCUGACGAUGGCUGUGGUGUUCUCAACCUUGGUGUGUCUCAGCAGACUCUACACAGGGAUGCACACGGUCCUGGACGUGCUGGGCGGCGUGCUGAUUACUGCCUUCCUCAUUGCCCUCACCUACCCGGCCUGGACCCUCAUCGACUCCCUGGACUCAGCCAGCCCCCUCUUCCCUGUGUGUGUCAUAGUCGUGCCAUUCUUCUUGUGCUACAACUACCCGGUGUCAGACUUCUACAGCCCAACCAGGGCAGACACGACCACCAUCGUGGCUGCCGGGGCUGGAGUCACCCUAGGGUUCUGGAUCAACCACUUCUUCCAGCUGGUGUCCCAGCCCAGCCCGUCCCUUCCUGUGAUCCGGAACAUCCCGCCCCUGACCACCGACAUGCUGGUUUUAGGGCUGACGAAAUUUACGGUGGGAAUUGUGUUGAUCGUCUUGGUUCGUCAGCUGGUGCAGAACCUCUCGCUGCAGGUGUUGUUCUCGUGGUUCAAGGUGGUGACGAGGAACAAGGAGGCCAGGCGAAGGCUGGAGAUCGAGGUCCCUUACAAGUUCGUCACCUACACGUCGGUUGGCAUCUGUGCCACGACUUUUGUGCCCAUGUUGCAUAGGUUCUUGGGAUUGCUCUGA